AGCCGUUGAUGAUGUGACCAACGCGUGUGAAUGGAAUGAAAUGAUUGAGAAGUGUGCGAGAGAGAGAUGGAUAGAUGGCAGUGUGUGGACUCGGGUCGGGAUCAAUGAUUUCGGAACAAAAAGCACUUCAGUUUGUUAACGAAAUUUGUGUCUUACGGACGUUUCAUGCGCAGCGCGCGAAUGGAAAUUCCUGACGAGUUCCGCGGUUCGUCGGAUUUUACCGCGGAACGUUAGAAUACGACAGCUGGGUAUGCUGCGCAAUUCAGAUCCCAUUGUGAUCCACUAGCCUCUGCCCAGCAACUCCUAUCCCUACCUCCACGCGGUACCGGCCGGAAACUAUGAGCAACCUUAGGGAAGAUCGGGUAACCAACCCCGGUGGGAACUUUGGUCGUAGGCUGACAGGGAAGGGGGGGUUUGCUUCGGUAAACCUGAGCAUCUGUUCUCCAGGAAGAGCGGCUCACAACAGCGUCUGAUCCCCAUGUUAGGGGCGGCUGAUCUACGUCCGAGUGCCAGGGAAGGACUCUAAGCUCAACUGUGCACUAUGGUCCUCCGGAAAGUAGGGGGUUGGUGUCAGGCCCUACGAGCCAGCCGUAAAAAACCAUUGUAACGGAAAAUCAGCAACAGAAUAAUACGAACCGAGACCAACGGCAACGACCCCAGCGAACAAAAAGGACUUGCGAUUGGAAACUCGGUACGUGGAACUGCCGAUCUCUCAACUUCAUUGGGAGCACCCGCAUACUCGCCGAUCUACUGAAGGACCGCGGGUUCGGCAUCGUAGCGCUGCAGGAGGUGUGUUGGACAGGAUCCAUGGUGCGAACGUUUAGAGGUAAUCAUACCAUCUACCAGAGCUGCGGCAACACACGCGAGCUGGGAACAGCUUUCAUCGUGAUGGGUGAUAUGCAGAGGCGCGUGAUCGGUUGGUGGCCGAUCGACGAAAGAAUGUGCAGGUUGAGGAACAAGGGCCGAUUCUUCAACUUCAGCAUAAUAAACGUGCACAGCCCACACUCCGGAAGUACUGAUGAUGACAAGGACGCAUUUUACGCGCAGCUCGAACGCGAGUACGACCGCUGCCCAAGCCACGACGUCAAGAUCAUCAUAGGAGAUUUGAACGCUCAGGUAGGCCAGGAGGAGGAAUUCAGACCGACGAUUGGUAAGUUAAGCGCCCACCAGCAAACGAACGAAAACGGCCUACGACUCAUUGAUUUUGCCGCCUCCAAAAAUAUGGCCAUACGUAGCACCUUUUUCCAACACAGCCUCCCUUAUCGUUACACCUGGAGAUCACCACAGCAGACGGAAUCUCAAAUCGACCACGUUCUGAUUGACGGACGGCACUUCUCCGACAUUAUCGACGUCAGGACCUAUCGUGGCGCCAACAUCGACUCCGACCACUAUCUGGUGAUGGUCAAACUGCGCCCAAAACUCUCCGUCAUCAAUAAUGUACGGUACCGGCGACCGCCACGGUACAACCUAGAGCGACUGAAGCAACCGGAUGUCGCCUCAGCAUACGCGCAGAAUCUCGAAGCCGCGUUGCCAGACGAGGGCGAGCUCGAUGAGGCCCCUCUAGAGGACUGCUGGAGUACAGUGAAAGCAGCCAUCAACGACGCAGCCGAGAGCACCAUCGGGUACGUGGAACGGAAUCGACGAAACGAAUGGUUCGACGAAGAGUGCAGAACGGUUUUGGAGGAGAAGAACGCAGCGAGGGCGGUAAUGCUGCAGCAAGGGACUCGACAGAACGUGGAACGUUACAAACAGAAGCGGAAACAGCAGACCCGCCUCUUUCGGGAGAAAAAGCGCCGCCUGGAAGAAGCGGAGUGUGAAGAAAUGGAACUGCUGUGCCGUUCCCAAGAAACACGGAAGUUCUAUCAGAAGCUCAACGCAUCCCGCAACGGCUUCGUGCCGCGAGCCGAAAUAUGCAGGGAUAAAGACGGAGGCCUCUUGACGGACGGACGUGAGGUGAUCGAAAGGUGGAAGCAGCACUUCGAUCAGCACCUGAACGGCGUGGAGAACGUAGGCACGGGAGCCCACGGCAACGGAAGGAACGACGACGCCAGAUCUUUACCGUACGGCAAAUCCUCCAGAAAUGCCGUGAAUACCAGGUCCCAACGCACCACCUGUUCAUCGACUUCAAAGCGGCAUACGAUAGUAUCGACCGCGCAGAGCUAUGGAGAAUCAUGGAAAACGGCUUUCCUGGGAAGCUGACUAGACUGAUUAAAGCAACGAUGGACGGUGUGCAAAACUGCGUAAGGGUUUCGGGUGAACUAUCCAGUUCAUUCGUAUCUCGCCGGGGACUGCGACAAGGUGACGGACUCUCAUGUCUACUCUUCAACAUCGCGCUGGAAGGUGUGAUGCGACGAGCCGGGCUCAACAGCCGGGGAACGAUUUUCACAAAAUCCGGUCAAUUUGUGUGCUUUGCGGACGACAUGGACAUUAUCGCUAGAACAUUUGGAACGGUGGCAGAGCUGUACACCCGCCUGAAACGCGAAGCAGCAAAGGUCGGACUGGUGGUGAAUGCCUCAAAAACAAAGUACAUGCUGGUAGGCGGAACCGAACACGACCGGAUCCGUCUGGAAAGUAAUGUUACGAUAGACGGGGAUACUUUCGAGGUGGUGGAGGAAUUCGUCUACCUCGGAUCCUUACUUACGGCUGACAACAACGUGAGCCGUGAAAUUCGGAGGCGCAUCAUCAGCGGAAGUCGGGCCUACUACGGGCUCCAGAAGAAACUGCGGUCGAAAAAGAUUCACCCACGCACCAAAUGCACCAUGUACAAAACGUUAAUAAGACCGGUAAUCCUCUACGGGCACGAGACAUGGACCAUGCUCGAGGAGGACCUACAAGCACUCGGAGUUUUCGAGCGACGCGUGCUAAGAACGAUCUUCGGCGGUGUGCAGGAGAACGGUGUGUGGCGGAGAAGGAUGAACCACGAGCUCGCUGCACUUUACGGCGAACCCAGCAUCCAGAAGGUGGCCAAAGCCGGAAGGAUACGGUGGGCAGGGCAUGUUGCAAGAAUGCCGGACAACAACCCUGCAAAGCUGGUGUUUGCAACUGAUCCGGUUGGCACAAGAAGGCGUGGAGCGCAGAGAACACGAUGGGCGGACCAGGUGGAGCGUGACUUGGCGAGCAUUGGGCGCGACCGAGGAUGGAGAGCGGCAGCCACAAACCGAGUAUUGUGGCGUACUAUUGUUGAUUAUGUCUUGUCUAAAUGAUGUUGAACAAAUAAAUGUAUGUAUGUAUGCCUAGAAAAAUAUCAUAAGAAACCUCUUGAGGAAUUCAUAGAGUAAAACUUCUAUAGGAAUCCUUGGAGGAAUUCUUGGAGAAAUACCUGAAGAAAUCCAUGAGGCAAUUUUUGGGAAAAUCUCUAGAGAGAAUCGUGGAAGAACGCCUGGAGAAACUUCUGAACAAAUUCCUGGCGUAAUUCCUAGAGGCAUUCUUGGAUGAGACCCAGCAGGAAUUCCUGGAGAAAUUUCCUAGAUGAAUUCUUGGAGCAAUCCCUUGAAGAAUUCCUGGAAAAAACCUCCAGCGCAACUCUGGGAGGAAUUGCUGGAGAAAUUUCUGAAAAAAAUCCCUUGAGAAAUUCCAGAAGGAUUUUCUGGAAGAACCCCUGAAAUGAAUUUCUGGAGGAUUCCCUGGUGGAACCUCUGGGAAUAUCUCUGGAGAAACCCCUGGAGGAAUCCCUGAAGCAAUUUCUGGAGGAAUCUCUGGAGAAAUUCCUGGGGGUAUGUCUUUUUUUUAGUUUUUAUUAAUGUGUAUUUUGACUUAAAUGCUAAUUCUACAGUCUGGGGGAAUGUCUGGAGGAAUCCCUGAAAAAUUCCAGAAAGUAUUCCUGGAGAAUCUCUGAAGAAAUCCCUAGAGAAUUUCCUGGAAGAAUGCUUAAAGGAACUGCUGGAGGAAUCCCUGGAGAAAUUCAUGGAGAAAUCUCUGGAGGAAUCCCUGAAGCAAUUCCUGAUGGAAUCUCAGGAGAAAUUCCUGGAGAAAUGCCUAAAGGAAUUCCUGACAUAAUAUUUCGAAGGAUGUCCAGCAGCAAUUCCUGGAGGAAUUUUUGAAGAAAUUUCUGGAGGAAUUCUUGGAGGAUUUCCUGGAGAAAUUCCUCGAUAAAAUCCUGAAGGUAUGCCUGAAAGAAUUCGUAGAGGUAUUCCUGUGGGAAUUGCUGGAGGAAGCAAAGAUGGAUUUUUUAAAAGGAAUCACUACAGGAAUUCUUGAAACAAUUACUGGAUGAAUUUCUAGAUGAAUUCUGGGAGAUUUCUCGUUUCAUUUUAUUAUUUAUCUAUUUCUAAAAAAAUAAAAAUCCCUUGAGAAAAUCCUGGAGGAAUUCCUAAUGGAAUUUAUAGAGGAAUUCCUGGAGAAAUCCUCGAAGGAAUCCCUGAAAGAAUCCGUGGGGAAAUCCUUGAAGACAUUUGUAAAGAAGUCCCUGGAGGAAUCUUGAUAGAAAUUCCUGGAGGAAUACCCGGAUGAAUCCCUGAAAAUACCUUAAGGUAUUCCCCCUGAAAUUUUCUGGAAGAGUUUUUUGAAGAAAUCCCAAGAGGAUUUGCAGGAAGAAUCCUUAGAGGAACUGCUGGAGGAUUUCCAGGAGGAAUCUUCGAGGGAUUUCCUCGAGGAAUCCCUGAAGAAAUUUGUGGAGAAAUCCCUGGAGGAAUCUCAGGAGAAAUUCCUGGAGAAAUCCCUGAAAAGUUUCUGAGGGUAUUCCUGAAGAGUUUUCUGGAAGAAUUUCUGAAAAAAACCUCAGAAGAUUUUCUGGAAAAAUCCUCAGAAGAUUUUCUGGAAAAAUCCUCAGAAGAUUUUCUGGAAAAAUUCCUUGAGAAAUUGUUGACAUAAUUUCUGAAGGAUGUCCAGGAGCGAUUCCUUGAUCAAUUCCUAGAGAAAUUGCUGGAGGAAUUCCUGAAGAAAAUCUUUGAGUAAUUCCUGGAGGAGUUCCUUGAGAAAUUUCUGGAUAAAAUCCUGGACGAAUUCCUGGAGGUUUUCCUUUGGAAAUUGUUAGAGGAGUCCUUGAAUAAAUUCCUGGAGGAAUAUCUGGAGGAAUUUUUGCAACAAUUACUGGAUGAAUUUCUGGGGGAAUCUCUAGAGAAGCUCUGGAAGAAAUUUCUGAAAAAAAAAACCCUGAGAAAUUCCCGGAGGAAUUUCUUGAGAAAUUUCUACAGUAAACCACGAAGGAAUUUCUGAAGAAAUCCCUGGGGGAAUUCUUGGAAAAAUUCGUGGAGAAAUCCCUGGAAAAUCCCUGAACAAGUUCCUGGAGGAUUUUUUAACGAAAUUCCUGGAGGAAAAUCUGGAAGAAUUCUUGAAAAAAAUUCCUCGAUUUAUUCCUGAUGAAAUUCCUUGAUGAAUCCCUGACGGAAUUCCUGGAGAAAUAUCUGCAAUAAUCCAAGGAGGAAUUCCUGAAAGAAUACCUGGAAAUUUUCCUGGAAGAAUGCCUAGGAGAAUUCCUGGUGGAAUUCUUGGAGGAUUCCCUGAAGUAAUGCAUGGAGAAAUUGUUGGAGGAAUUCCUGUAGGAGUAUCUGGAUUUUUUGGAGGAAUCCGUUUAAGAAUUCCUGGAUAAAUUUUUGCAGGAAUUUCUGAUGGAAUUACUGGAGGAAUCUCUGCAGGACUGCCUGGAGGAAGUCCUGUAGGAAUGCAUUGUGGAAACCCUGGAUGAAUAUUGUAGCAAUUCUCGGGAGGAUCCCUAGAUGAAUUUCUAGCGGAGUUUCUGGAGGAAUCUCUAGUUGAAUUCCAUGAGGGAUUUUAAGACAAAUCCCUGCAAGAAUUCCCAGAGGAAUCCAUGGAAAAAAUCCUAGAGAAAUUCCUGAAGAAAUUCGUGGAUAAAGCUCUUGAAGAAUUUGUAAUGGAAUACCAGAAAUAAUUCCUGAAGAAAUAGCAGAUGCGAUUCUUGGACAAAUUCUGGAGAAAAUAGUUCUUGAAAAAACUCCAGAAGGAAUCCCGAAAGCAAUUUCAAGAGGAAUUACUGAGGGAAUCCCUAAACAGUUCCUGGAGGAAGUACUGAAUCAAUUCCUGGCGGAGUUCCUUAAAAAAUACAAGGAGGAAUUUGGAGGAAUUCUAAGAAGAGUUCCUGGGAGAAUCUUUGGAGGAUUUUUUAAAAUUAGUUGUUCCAGAAAGAAUCACAGAAGGAAUUCCCGAGUUAAGCCCUGCAAAAAAAAUUAGAGGAAUCCCUGGAGAAUAUCCUAAUAGAAUGGCUGUAGGGAUUAACGGAGGAAUCUCUAAAAAUACUCCUGGAGGAAUUUACGAAAGAAUUCCUGGGGGAUUUUCUGGAGGAAUCUCUAGAGGCAUUUCUGAAGGAAACCCUGGAUGAAUUUUUAGGAGAAUCCCUGCAGCAAUUACCAGAGGAAUCCCUGGAAUAAUUCCUAAAGAAAUCGCUGAAGAAAUUCGUGGAGGAAUCCCAGCAAGAAGUUGCUGGUGGAAUCCCUGGAGAAAUCCUGAAGGAAUUCUAAAAAGAGUUCGUGGAGGAACUCCUUAAGAAAUCCCUGUUUCCUGAAGGAAUCCUUGCAGGAGUUGCUGAAGAAACCCCAUGAGGAAUCCUGGAAGCAAUUCCAAGGAUUCCCUUAAAAGUCCCUGGAGAAGGUUUUGAAUUGAUUCCUGGAAAAGUUCCUGAAAGAAUUCCAAGAAAAGAGAACUCCUGAAGGAAUUCUAAAAAGUGUUCUUGGGGGAAUUUUCGGAGGAAUAUUAAAAAAUCCCUGGAGCUGUUCCUGAAAGAAACACAAGAUAUUCCCGGAUGAAUCUCUGGAGAAAUUUUUGAAGGAAAAUCUCGAGGAAUCCCGGUUGCAAUACCAAGAGGAAUUCCUUAGGAAAUCCCAGGAAAGCUUACUCAACAAAUUACUGGAAGAAUUUAUGUAGGAAAACAAUUUGAAGGAAUCCAUGUCUGCACUUAUUUUUAGACAAAUUAUUGUUGGAAUCUUUGGUAUGAUCAUUGUGGAUAAAAAUGCUAAUCAUUAGAAUAGUUGAUUUUUGAAAAUAUUGUUCCUGGAACUCUGAAUUAUUCAUAAUCUUUGAGUUGGCUUGAAUAAAAAAAAUAAAAAAAUCGGAUUUGAGGCCAAAUCUGAGAUCUACAGGUUCCAAAAAAAAAACCCAUGACGAAGAGAACAAAACUGCCGAGAAUACGUAAGUUCACAGAUUUUUUUUCGAAAAAAUGUAUUUUUUUUACAUUAAUGUCAAUAAAUUUUAGUGUUGAUAUCCAAAGAUUUUCCACUUCUGUUCUCAAGUUAUCUCUAAUUAGAUAAGUUAGAGCCUAAAUGUGUUCACUAAGAUGAUAAGUCUUGCACCAAUCAUGUUUUAAAGUUCAAACAUACUUUUUCAAGUCGCUCAACAUAUACUCAGAGGACCAGUACAUGUUUUUAAAAUAUAAAACAUAUUGUUUUGCUUAAACAAUUAAUGAAGGAAGAUCGAGAAUUUUGAUCAAUGUUACGUGUACCUCGGAAUACGAUACUUUGGAAGUGAAUAUCUUGAGAAUUACACAAUACAUAUUUCAACACACUGUCUUCGGAGAAGUUCUUCAGAGGAUCCAUACUUCAUGCAUGGUAAACAAGAGUUCAAUUUUAAAUAGAAAGUAGAUUCGUUUUCUUGAUGUCCUAACCAUGGUUUAAGAUUUAAAGUUGGUGUCUUCGGUGGAGAUAUUGACACGAAUGGGAAUCUUUUGUUCAAAUGAUUACUAGUUGGAAAUUUUCUCACUAAAUGGAACUGCAGUAUAAUUGACUUCGAUUUGACAAAGAUUUCCGGUUAAAAAAUACCGAACUAGAAGUGAUUUGUAUCACGGAUAUCUUGAAUCUCCCUGAAGUUACAUUUUAAAGAUUCUUCCAGGAGUUCACCCCAAGAUUUUUUCAAUAGUUCUUCUCACAUUAUUCCCACAGGGAUUUCUCCUGAGAUUCUUCCAGAGAAUUCAACCUGGAUUAUCUUAUUGAUUUCUCAAGGGAUUCAUUAUUUUAGUAAUUUAUCCCGGGGCUUCAUUACAAAUGUCUCCGGGCUUUCCAUCAGGGAUUCCUUCAGAGAUUCCUCCCGGGAUGUUUUCAUGGAUUUCUUCCAGCAUUUUUCUCGGAAUUUUUUUCGCGAUUUCCCCCGAAAUUCCUUUUAGGAUUCUUUCUGGGAUUUCUGCAUGGGUUUUUCCAGUGCUUCCUUAAGAGGUUCUUGCCAGGGUUCCUUCAGGGUUUCCUUAAGGACUCUGUCAAAGAUUCCUCUAGGAUUUGAUUCUGGUACGGACUCCGUUACGAAUUCCUCCCGAGAUUCCUUUAGGUCACGUUCUAUCGUGACGCACAAGUGAACCGUGUAAGUUGGUACCUAGUCAUCAUAAAACUAACUCAUCCUUGCUCAUUCGCUCAGUGCUCUAUGUUCUGAGAACCCUCUCAGUGGGUUUUAUCAUUAUACCGAUGUUGUCUUGCUAUAAUUAGAUUCAUUAAGGCGAAACUGGACCCAUUUCCUCACUUUUAGUGUUUGAUUUUUUUUUAUAAAAUAACGAAGCAAUAUUUUUAAAAUCGGUUUCGUGCACAUGUAGAGUAUGC